GUGUUAUAAAAGUUGCCUACGUUUACAAAAGUAACCUUAAGAUUUCCUCACAACGUGCGUACCAAAAUAAUUAAUAAAAUUACUUCUAAAACUGUUAAUAAUACACAGCAACAAUGAAAAUCAAAAGAUAUAAGAAGGUAAAUCGUCGUCUCAACUUCUACAACAAUAAUUUUGGCUUCAGACAACCGUAUCAACUAUUAAUUGAUGGAACUUUCUGCCUUGCUGCCUUAAAUAAUCAAGUAAACAUCGCUGACAACAUCCCAGCUUACCUGCAAGGUGAAUUAAAACUGUUGACAACUCAAUGUGCACUUAUUGAAGCAGAACAACUGGGACCCAAAGUAUCUGGAGCGCUAGUAAUCUUAAAACAAUAUUCUCUUCAUAAAUGUGGUCAUGAAGGCAAACCAGUACCUGCAUCAAAAUGUUUCCAAUCAAUGAUUGGUGCAACCAAUGAAAAGCACUACAUUGUAGCCACUCAAGACAGAGAUUUGCAACAAAAACUAAGAACUAUUCCAGGUGUACCUUUAUUAUUUUUAGUUUCCAAGGCACCAAUGCUUGACCAGCCUUCGCAAGCAUCUAAAAACUAUGUACAGUCAAAGCAAUGUGGAAUCACUGAUGAAGAGAAGCAGAAAAUUGACAAGAUGAAAAUGGAUGUAGGUAUUCCAGUGGAGAGUAACAUACCUAAGAAGAAAAGAAAGAAAAAAGGACCCAAUCCACUUUCUUGUCUCAAAAAGAAGAAGGAAGUUGUUAAGCCAAACAGUAGUGUUGGUAAUAGUAGUAAGGUUGUAAGUAAUAAGCCACAUAAAAAUAGAAAAAGAGUGAGAAUUCCGAAACAUGUUCAUGAGGCUAUUUUUAAUAGUGUCAGUAAGAUUGCAAAUGAAAAUAAAAUAAGUUAAUGUCUUGUUAAGUAAACAGCAUUUCAAUAAAUGUGUUAAAGAAUACAA